ACUACUCCUGCUACUACUACUACUACUGCUACUACUACUACUCUGCUACUACCUGCUACUACUACGUCUACCACUACUAUUAUUACUACUGCUACUACUACUACUACUUCUGCUACCACGACUACAUCUGCUACUACUACUACUACUAAUUCCACUACUACUACUACUUUUACUUCUACUACUACUACUGCUACUGCUACUACUACUGCA